AUGGCCUCGCACACCGCCGCUGACACCGACACCUCUUCGGACCCCCCCGUGCGCCUUUCGCUCCCGCUCGACUUCCAACAGGACAUCUUCCACUCUCUCCGCGCCGAAGACGAGCUGCUCAUACUCGCCAGGGGACUGGGCCUCCUCCGCCUCGUCACCAAUCUCCUGCACUCGUACGAUGCCUCGGGUCACAACCUUGUCAUCCUCGUCGGCGCUGAGGAUCGGGAGAAUGACUGGGUGGGCGAGUCUCUGGCUGAACAUGCUGCCGUUUCGGGCAGUGCAAAGUGCCGUGGUAUGCAGCUGGUGAACACGGACAUGACGAAUGUGACGCAGCGCGAGAGAAUGUAUAAGCGCGGAGGGAUAUGUUCCAUCACUUCCAGAAUCCUCAUCGUAGACUUUCUGUCUGGAUUGCUCGACCCUGCCACAGUGACUGGCUUGAUCGUCCUGCAUGCCGAAAGGGUGGCAGCUACCAGCCUGGAAGCUUUCAUCGUACGCAUAUUCCGCCAGAAGAAUAAGAAGGGCUUUCUCAAAGCCUUCUCUGAUCAGCCAGAGCCUUUCACUUCGGGUUUCCAGCCGCUCACGAACAUUCUGCGCAACUUGUUCUUGCGCAAACCGGUACUGUACCCUCGCUUCCAUGUGGGCGUUGCGAAGAGUCUAGAGGGCAAGAGGAAGGCUGAAGUCAUCGAAUUGGAAGUGCCCAUGACAGAGGCUAUGCGGAACAUCCAGAGUGCGGUGCUGGAAUGUGUCGAGGUCAGUAUUGCCGAGUUGAAAAAGAUGAACACUGGGAUCAUUGAUCUGGACUUUUCCGUGGAUAGCGCACUACACAGAUCCUUCGAUUCAAUCGUGAGGCGACAGCUGGAUCCGGUGUGGCAUCGAGUCUCUUUCCGAACCAAAAUGAUUGUACGAGACUUGACUAUGCUGAGGACAAUCUUACAUUCUUUGCUCGCGUAUGACGCUGUAGAAUUUAACAGAUACCUUGAUACUGUGCUUGCGGCGAGUCAGCCGCCUCCUGGAAGCUCCCGGAAAGAGGUGUCGCCUUGGUUGUUUCUGGACGCUGCUUCAGUGCUGCUGGAUAAUGCGAAGGGGAGAGUAUACACAGGCAAGAUUACGGACGGCCCACUCGCCAAUGUGGAACAUGAAGGUCUCAAUCCAGUUCUGGAAGAGCUUCCAAAGUGGUCACUUCUCGCGGAGAUCUUGGAGGAGAUCGAGCGAGAUGUCUACUUCAACCCACAGCCUCAAGACGAGUCCAGUGGCAGUAUAUUGAUCAUGUGUGGGGACCAUGGCACCUGCAGACAGUUGCGAGAGUAUCUUCAGACCAUGCGAAAUGAGGUAGAUGGCGACAAGGCUGCGGACGGAAGUGAGGAUGGAUUGCCUAAGGAGAGACAGCCGAGUGGCAAGUAUAUGAUGCGGAGAAAGCUGCGCAACUAUCUAUUAUGGAAGCGGGACUUUGCUCGCGUGAGCAGUACGCUAUUUGCUGCCAACGAGAAGGAGAUUAAUGGUACGGCGCGGCACGCUUCUGGUCAAAUCAAAGGCGGAAAGCCGCCACCUAACAAACGCAGACGAGUACGUGGAGGUGGUGCAGUUGGAGCAGCACCUGGUCGAAAUGCUAAUGGGUCGCUCUCUGUUGCUGGCGACAAAGAGUCUCAUGUCCAAGCGUUAAUGCAUGAACUGGCUGUGAAUGACUUUGCGGACGACGUGACCACCGCCAAGAUGGAUCUCGGCGCAGAUCCCCUAGAGGAUAUGGACGACUAUUACGAACUUUAUGACAUGAAAGAUCUUGUACUGAUACACCCCUACGAUGGCGACAUGGACGACCACCUGCUUGAAGAGAUCAAGCCACGAUACGUAAUAAUGUACGAACCCGAUGCAGCAUUCAUCAGGCGAAUAGAAGUGUAUAGAAGCAGCCAUACUAGUAGACAGGUCCGGGUGUACUUUAUGUACUAUGGCGCAAGCGUAGAGGAGCAGCGAUACCUCAGCACAGUGAGACGGGAGAAAGACAGCUUUACCAAGCUCAUCCGGGAAAGAGGGAACAUGGCGAUGACCUUCACCCACGAUGUCGACAAUCAAGACCCCCAGGAGACGUUCCUACGGACUGUCAACACACGCAUUGCUGGUGGUGGACGGUUGAUGGCAACGGCCGAGCCUCCGCGGGUCGUGGUUGAUGUGCGAGAAUUCCGCAGCAGUCUGCCUUCCCUCCUGCACGGACGCAAUAUGGUCGUGAUACCUUGCAUGUUGACAGUUGGCGAUUACGUCUUGACACCAGACAUCUGUGUGGAGCGCAAAUCUGUCAGUGACCUCAUCUCAUCCUUCAAUAAUGGCCGAUUGUACAACCAAGCCGAAACAAUGCUUCAGCACUACAAGUCUCCCAUGCUCCUGAUCGAGUUCGACGCACAAAAGGCUUUCACGCUCGAGCCCUUCGCCGACCUUUCCUCCUCGAUCGGAACGGCGAGCGUAGUUGGCAGUGACCUGCAAUCUAAACUCGUCCUGCUGACUCUGGCAUUCCCACGACUCAAGAUCGUCUGGUCGUCUUCGCCUUAUCAGACGGCCGAGAUCUUUGAAGAGCUCAAGAACAAACAAGAAGAACCAGAUCCGAUCAAGGCAGUGCAGCUGGGAUUGGAGCAUGGAGAAGAUCCCGAGACGAGGACAUUCAAUCAGACGCCACAGGAAAUGUUGAGAUGUGUUCCAGGCGUAUCAAACAAGGCAUUGAACAAACUGAUCCUGGAAUACGACAAUGUGCAGGCUGUAUCGAAUGCGGACGAGGCAGAGUUGGCGGCAUCGAUAGGGAAAGAGAACGCUAGGCAGAUUCGAAAUUUCUUCGACCGCAGUGUCUGGGAAGAAGAUAGGGGGGACUGA